AUGACGUUGUCGGUCCUGGGCUUGACGAGGAACGUUGCCAGGAAGAGAGGCCCGACGGGCGGUACAUCAAAACACAAGAUCGCACUUCUCGGGCAAAUCCCCAAGGCGCUCCAGGAGCCGAUCUUGAGGUCGCUCCUCGCCCCGUACGACAUCGAUUGGCAACUCGUGCUCGACGGUCGCUACCCGUUCCUGCGCAAGUUCCUCGAGAAAUUCGUGGAGCCGUUCUCCAAAGAGGAACUCGACCGCUACGGAGCGGGCGCGCUGAGCUUCCUCAAAUCGGAUGCGAAAGACGAGCUGUCGAAGACACAGUUCCACCUGUUGUUCAAACCAGGAUACAACUACGAGCUUCACAAAGCGCUCGAGGAGGUGAGCGCCGAGCGCGUGGCGGGAGAACACAAGUUGCUGCCGUGGCCUGGGUACCGGUUCGAAGACGAGAACGACGAGCAAGCGCGGAAGCUGGAGCUGUUCCUCGAGCGCUUUUUCAACUUCGAAGACUCCGGCGGUGUCAGCAAGACGGACGAUGGCAAGGAAGUCACAAACGCCCGCGGUCACAUGUCGAGCCCGAAGGAAGCGUACGAUAUGUACAAAAUCAUCAAAAAAGCAGCCGAUGACGUCGGACUCGAUCUCGGCGACUACAGCGUCCCCGAGCCCCCUGCUUCCGGUGUGGAUGCCGACCCGGCCGGUCCCCAGGACCCCGAGGCGCCGUCGUCUGGCGGCCCCGCAGCAGGCGUGCAUGCAGGCGCUAACCAGGGCGCAGCUCUCGCGGCGGCGGGAGGCGCGGAAGGCGACGACGGCCAGGACGGCACGGGCGGGUCACCUCCUGGCGGAGGGCUCCCCGCGCCGAGGUCGGGAGCCGGCUCAGGUGGCAACGGCGAGGAUGGCGAUGCACCCGCGUCACCCGGCGCGACGCCGGGCGGGGCGGGGCCCGCUGAGCCAGCAGAGACACCGUCACUCCCCGCUCCCAUCAGCGACGAAAAGGAUGACCUAGAAAUCUGCUUCGACGUGAUGGCCGCAUUCCGCACACUCGCGGCAGAGAACGCUGACGUCGACCUGUUCAGGAAAGCGGUGUUUGGCGACUUGAUCGCGCAGGGUCGGCCUGUGUUCCACGAGUUCCCAGGAACGACCUUCCCCGCCCAGAACGACUUGCCGCCCGGCUACGACAAGCAAAGCAGUACGAAGGAUAACGAGGUCCUGAAGGCGGUCGAGGACUUCCGCCGCCGGUUCGACGCCCGCAACAAGACUUGGGAUUAUCACGGUGCGGUAGAGCGCGGCCUGGUGGAGCUCGCUGCAAGGGCCAAGGAGAGGCUGGGGAAGUGCUGGGUCUGA